AGUCCUCAGGACGGGAGAAGGUAACUGUUACCAAAAGAGUGUCAGAUGAAAACCAGCUACCAGCUAGCGCACAAUACGUCUACACUGAAAUAACUUCAAACGCAGGCAGGUGCUUGCACGAGGGUUAAUGACGAAGCCUCAGACAGCAUUUUAUUUCAUCCAAGGAUAUUUUCUUGUCACCCAGACAAAGGAAUUGACAGAGUUUGAGCUCUCUGUUUUUUGCCCCUCUUCACUGCGAGCACGUGUCAUGGCAGGGGGGGCCUUAAACUAAAGGAAACCAAACCAGGCAGUCAUCAACAACCCAGACCUUGUUUGUCUCUUUGGCAUGAAUCAUCUCUUCCUAACUGGAUGAAAUGCCUUGACCUCACCUCCGCCAUACCAUGGCAGGUUUAGUCUCCUCUGUGGGUUUAGGUGCUGAUGCUCAAGGCUCUCAUGCACGCCCAUGGCCAGCGUGCAGUAUUUCUGGGGAUGUCUGUGUUGGUAACACUGAUCGCAGCUGACUCACCUGCUGCAGAUGAGUCUCUGUUGGACUCCACAUACCACCCCAUGGGAUUUCUUGGAGAUGUUCCAAGUUCAGCAGGGUCACCACCAACCAGCUUACCAGUUUCACAUUACACUGCCUUUGAGAGCCCAGACUCACCUGGUGCCCUGCCAUCCAUUACUCAACCUAACCAUGAAGCCAGGACUGCUGACACCAUGCUUCUUCAGCAGGGACAUGUUCUCUCUGAAAACUCCAAAUCCUUCACGCCAAGUGACUUCCUUGCAGAGGAGCCACAUCCUGUUUUGAAUCCAUCAUUAAGCCCCUCUGAACCUGUACUGGGGUCUAGUCCACAAUUUGAAGCACCAGCUAAACUCUCCACAGACUGGAAGCUGACAAGGAUAAAUUCUGCCAAGCAAUCAUCCUCUCUCUCCUCAACUCCUCCAAGAGCCCAGCUACAGUCUCAGUCAAAUAUAUCCUUAACACCAUUAAGCCCCUCUGCCUUUACGAGGUCAACAACACCUCAGCUCAGUCUUAAUUCUGAGCAGAAAGCUCUAGAUACAACCCCCACAGCUCUCAGCAAGCAGCAGGGUGGCGCCUCAGAGCAAACGCUGGCAAUCAUGACUUCACAACCUGGUCAGCCUCUUGACCCCCUGGCUUUUGUUGACUUUCCAGCAGAUGAAUCUUAUAGUAAAAUGUUGGAUGUGAACCAGCUGAGACCCAGCAGUGCCCCCUUUCAGGAGAAAAAAACAGCACAUGGCAUAAACAUGCUACCCAACUCAGAUGAGAUUCUGGCCCCUGGCUACAAUGUGCCUUUCAUCGCCCCCCAACCUACAUCACCUUCAUCUGGACCCACUGAGGUCUCUCCAGAGGACUUCUACCCCACUAACACUAUGGAAUUGGAUUGGGGGUCUGGAGACUACUUGGAGACAAUGUCAUUCUUAAAUUCAGAUGGAGACGACUACUCUUUGGUCACCAAGGUGCCCUCUGACUCAUAUGACCCAGAGGACUAUACAGAAAGCUAUGACACAUCCUUCCCUUCCAGAGUGGGUAUAUCGCCUUCGUCCUUGCACCCUCUUCACGUCUCACCUUCUCUGAGCCUCAUAACAGCAUACAGCACCAUUGCUCCCACAACAUCCAUCCAUCCUUCCUUGUUUUCCUCCACAAUUCACUAUACAAUGGAGCCUGCUCCCACAGCUAACAGUGAUAUACCUGAUGCAUCGGACAUAGAUUGGCCCGAUGCCUUCACAAUCCAACCAACAGAUGUCCUUUUACCUGAUAUGAACAGCUUGGAGUAUUACACCAUUCAGUUGACCAAGGAGAACAACAGUUCAGACACUGGAGCUGAACACAGAGGGAAUGUUACCAUUGUGUCUAUCAGUAAUACAGACGUCACACCCACCAGCAGCUUCACCAAUAAUACCAAAUCGACUGAGGAAGAGUCCUCCAGUGAUCUGUCAGGGUUUGAGCCUCAUGAUGAAUCAACCACAGUGGCAACCACAGAGGAGAGUCCUCAGCUGGUCAAUGUUUCGGAGCCUUUUCUGGAUCCUUCAGUAGUCCCAAGCCACUUUUUUGAUCCCUCCUCUUCCAUCUGGGGUGUUAAGGCAUCCCCCACAGAUUGGUCUACACCCACUCUAACCGUUGGCCUGGACAGCACUGCAUUAACAGAAGCUGUACCACCCCGUUCCACGCCCUUGCUGCCAGAUGAUGUAAUGUCUUCCUCCUCUAUGACAGAUGUGCAUUGGUUUGUUACAGAGUCAUUCGUACAAAGUACCAUACACACCACUCCUGUCUUAACUGCAACCAUAGCCUUCUCUCCUUUUCCCACUGAACUGGUUACCAACACAACUGCUGGUGCAACAGAACUAACACCCCAAGACUCUACUUUCACAACUGAGCAAACCCGUAAUAUCACUUUAGUUUCAAAUGAACCCACAUCUAAUGUCACUUUGGGCCCCCCAGUUGUUUUGGGUGAUCAGGGGGUGACUGAAGAUGGAGUUGACAUCCCAGCCACAAUGACCUUGAUCCCAACUAGCAGUGAAGCUAAUACAGUCUCUGCUGUACCCUCAACUGCAACUGCCACCACUGCUUCUCAUCAAGCCACAACUAGAAUUGCUGCCACCACUGAAGCCUCAACUAGCGUCAGCAUCAUCUCUACCACCAGUGGAAAAAGCACAGCAACAGUACCAACAUCAAGACAGUACCUCUGCAAUGUUGACAGGCCUGCUUAUUUAGUGAAGAUGGGUUUUCCCUCUGGCGCCACUGUUGGAUAUGCCAAAUCUCAAAUCAGAGACAUACUGAAAGCGGAAUUCAACAAAUCAGUGGAGCUGCAGGUUGUGGACCCCCCGCCAAAGUUUGUGUUUCGGGUGGUGUCUGGCCCAGUUGUGUACACAGCCAUAUCUGUCAUCAAUGCUCUGCGAAGGUCUGGGCGCCGCUUCCUGUCUGUGUCUCCCAACUGGUCAACACCAGACAGUAAAUAUCAAGUCCACACAGUGCUGCAGUUUGUUCCUAGUCACAUAGACGUGCGCUUCUGCAACUUCAGUGAGAGCAUUGAGAAAGGUCUGACCAUGGCCUUUGCAGACGUGCGUCGCCGCUCAAAGGAGUCAACCAACUUCACAGUGCAUAUUGUAAACAUCACCAUGGCUGCUCCAAAAUACCAGGAACAACGGCUUAUGAGACAGCCAGUGGACAUCACCUUCACUGUGCGUGGUUCUCGGGGUCAUCUAAUGGGGUCAGAGGUCAGCAAUGCUCUGAUGAAGCUCACUAUGGUGGAAUUCAGCUAUUACAUGGGCUUUCCUGUACUGCAGAUUGCUGAGCCUUUCCAUUAUCCAGAGUUGAACACCAGCCAGUUGCUUCGCUCCUCCUGGGUUAGAACAGUGCUGCUGGGUGUGCUUGACCAGAAAGUGGGUGAGAGAACGUUCCAAGCCAACAUGGAGCGUCGCGUGGCCAUGCUCCUUGGAGAGGCAAUGGGAUUAGUCAGACGUGUUAAGAGAGCCACCACCGUAGGCAACAGCAGCGUGCAGAUUGUAAGUGCAAACCGGCUGGUGGGUGCAGACCACCCGUUGGAGGUGGUGUAUUUUGUGGAGGGUCCCAGUGGUCAGAGGGUCCCUGCAGUCGAAACAGCCAACCUACUCAACAGCCUGGAUGUUCAGAGGGCUGCCAUUGUCUUGGGAUAUCGUGUCCAGGGUGUUUUAGCACAGCCUGUGGAGAAAGUGACGUCUUCACCCUCUGACACUGAGAACACCAACAUGUGGAUCGUCAUCGGGGUGGUUAUUCCCCUCCUCGUCGUCAUCGUCAUCAUUUCAAUCCUGUACUGGAAACUGUGUCGGACAGAUAAGCUGGAAUUCCAGCCAGACGCCAUGACCUCCAUCCAGCAGAGGCAGAAGUUGCAGGCUCCCAGUGUGAAAGGCUUCGACUUUGCUAAGCUGCACCUUGGCCAGCAGAGUAAGGAUGAUGUCAUGGUGAUCCAGGAGCCCGUCCCGCCAGGGCCUGGCCCCGGGCCCCUCCCUGUGGCCAUUAAAGAUGGCCUCAGUCCAUCUGAGAACGGGGAGAUCCCCACACCCAUAUCCAAAACCUCAGCCUCCUCCACCAAGGCAUCCCGCAGCGGCCGAAGGCGAGGAAGGAUCUCGCCGUCAGACGGUGACUCGGUGGUAAGUGACCACUCCAGUGAGCGGGAAUCAACCGAGGAGAACCUGAGAGUCCACGCCACGCCCAGCGACAGCAAGCACGCCCGUAAGGUCCCCAUCAAUGUUUUAAAUGGUCCUCCACCUAUGAACGGCACGAACGAGCAUCUGUCGUCAGCCUCCAUCUUUGAACACGUCGAUCGGAUGUCUCGUGCUACAGACGCCAGCAGGAGACUCCCGAAUAAAGUCCAGCUUAUUGCCAUGCAGCCCAUGCCGGUCCCACCACUGCACAGCCCACCCAUCAACGGCAAACUGUCAGACACCAACCAAAUGAACAAAGAGAUCCAGGUAGCAUUGAGGCACAAAUCAGAAAUUGAGCACCAUCGCAACAAGAUACGUCUGCGAGCCAAGAGGAAGGGCCACUACGACUUCCCCGCCAUGGACGACGUGACCAGUGGCCUUGGGGAUAUGAAGGACCAGGAUCGCAUCUAUCAGAAAGCACAGAUACAGAUAGAUAAGAUCCUGGAUCCAGAUGCUCAGAUGCCCUCCAUCUUCAUGGAAUCCAAGAAAAGUGGUCGAGGGAGGCGCUCUCCCAAACAGAGGAUGAAGGAUCAGCUGAACGGAGGCAUGAUGGACGCAGACAAAGACCACCUCAUCACUGAGGACAGUGAUGCUGCUUACAGAAAGUGUCCUGGGGUCAACAAUGUGGCCUACGUAUCGGACCCUGACCAAGGCCCAGGAUCCCCUCACAGGAGCCCUUCCCCCACAGACGAUGUCUUCCUGGGUCCCACUUCCUCUCCCCCAGGUCACGCCCCUCCCCCACCCCCCUACAUGCCUCCUCAGCCCUCCAUUGAGGAGGCACGGCAGCAGAUGCACUCCCUGCUGGACGACGCUUUUGCCCUCGUGUCACCCACCUCUCAGGGCAGCACGGCAGGGAUCACUCUCCCAGGGGUCAACAGCAGCAACCCCCCUGGCUCCAGCCCUCCAGGCCGGGGCCCCAGGCCUUGGGGUCCCUCCUACCAAGCUCUCAGCCCUUUCCCUAGUAGAUUCACUGACCUGGCCAUGUCCCCUCCUUCAGUCCAAGGCCUGACACCAAGGCAGGGCCUUGGCUCCAGUUACCUGCCACCAGGAGAAACAGCGGGGCAUGGUGAGCAGCUCCAGCCAGACAGCCUGUACUCCAGCAGGGGCCUAUACGCUGAUGAGCUCCCCUCCUCUGCCAGACCAAGACCAGUAGGGGGAACUACAGGUGCCCAGCUCCAUCAUCUUACACAGGUGGGAUUGUCCAGCCGGAUGAAUGGUUACCCAGCAGGGGUCAGGGCUGCUCCAGGCCAGAACGGAGGCAUCGGCUGGAACCACUACCAUGAUGACAACUUCUCCAGGACAGAGCCUGAAAAAGAUGCAUUCCUGGACUGUCCUGACUACUCAUCCUCCUCUAUCUUCCAGAUGCCUAGAGGUGGUAUCAGGGAGCCUUCAGCACCCCCCACCCACCUAGAUCCUCCUGUGGUGGGCUAUCUUUCAGCCCCACCGCCCCUGGAUACGUCUCCUCCCACCCACUCCUCGGCCUCUCUGAUCAAGGCCAUCAGGGAGGAGCUGUUGCGUCUCUCCCAGAAACAGGCAGCUAUGCCCAGCUACCACAGCUGAAGCCCCGGCCUCCAGUCUGUAGCUCUUUAACCAGUCAUGCCACUGACCCUGCCUGCCUGCUUCGCCUAAUCUGACAAUGCUUCCCAUGGAAGUCCCCGAGGGUGUACAGCAGAGAGAUAGUCCUGCUAAACUGAAGUGAAGAGGUGGCUCAUUGAGUAUUCUAGGUGAAAAGGCCGCCCUCAUCAAUUACUGAAUGACAGGAUGGUUGAUACAGAAUCGGAUCAGCUGUAGUAUGUCAAAUCAGAGACAGUGUUAUGAAAUGAAGAACAGUAUGAACAGUAUAAGCCGGACCUUUAGGGUGAGAUGAAAGGACACGUCUGGACUUGUCCUGCCUGUGUUUCUGUCCUGCACCUCAUUGUGGAUCAGGGGAAGGAUCACGCCACGAUCUGGUCACUGUGGAUCCACGUGUUGGACUUGUUUGGAGAUUUUGCUGCAUUUCGUCAGACUCAGUAUUCUGUGUCAUGGUUUAAUUCUCAUGCUGCCUUCACUUAACAGAUAUACCCCAUAUGACAUGUAAUUUCAAGACUUUUUUUCCGCAUUACUUAACCUACCAUACAAGUAUUUGUUGUUUUCCAUUGCAGGCCCUUAACCUCUUAUAACCAUCAGGUGCUACUUCAUGUUCUCUGCCAUGAUGAGCCAUGCUAUGCCUUGACACUGUGAUGUAGUUCACCCAAUCCACUCUACUGUACAAGCCUACAGUGAGGUCAAAGUUCACAGCCAGCGAGCCAAUUUAGAUAGUAGGCACUAAGGGGCAUCCAUAGAGACUAACAACACUCAUAAACACUACCUACUCUUUUCUUACUUACUGCAGUAGCACAGUUAGUCUGAGUUGAUAUUUUUUGACCUGUUGACUUACAGUACAUAAUUGUUUUUUCAUGUUAAAGCCCUGUCUUGUACCUUGUGUUUAUUUAUGUGUAGUAGCUAACAGACAGCUAGACAAAUGGGAACAAAAAUGGCCUUGAAACAAAUAAAUCUUUAAACAUGACUUCAAAGGCAGAUUUUAAAGACACAGGCGAAAUGUGCUACAUAUAUUAAAUAAAUAACAACAGUAUGUACUUGACAAUUAUGUACACUUAGUGCUGUAUGUACCCAGUAUUUGGUUGUAAUUGAUGCACUGUAUUCAGACUACUUGGUACAGCUCAGGUCAUUCAAAAAGAGAUUGCUAAUGGACAAAUCAGUAAAAAGGACAGAUUGAUGGGUCAUGUGGAUGAGGGGAAGUCACAGAGACUAGUAUUCUGUUUUAACAUUAUGCUGUAUUGACUAUAUACUGAAUCACCAUCUCUCAUUUCAUGCAGUAUUUUAAGUUUGCUUUGCCUUUUUGAUAGCACAGGAAGGAGAAAAUUGUACUGUAUUUGUUGUCAUCCAUGGUUUACUUCAACCAGUUGUGUUAAUGUGCUUUUUAAAUUUACCUUGCCUCAUGUAAUGUUCACCUUAAAUAUCUCUUAGUCAUCAUACUGGUUGGAAAUUUUGGACAUGACCCUCUCUGAUAUUUUGUGAUGUACUGGGGCCUGAAGUUCUAUUUUAUUUAAAUGAAAUAAAAAAGAAAAUUAUGGAUUUUAAAGGCAGGGCCUGAAAAUAUGUUUUUGGAGUGUGUUACUAGUAUUAUAUGGCGGUUUAUAAAUCUUCCCUACAUAAGCACCAACUUUUGGCAGUUGAAACACUCUACAGAUGUUACCAGAGCAUACUUCCUAUCUUUUUUUUUAUUGUUUGCAUGUGAUGUGCCUUUUGGACUCACCUGAACAGAUGAAGUACUUGGAGCAACAGAUUUUCUCUGUGUCCUGUUUUACUAUAAUUCAUUCAGCCUGAAUUACAACAGUAGUUGGUGUUUUGGAAGCUGAAAUGAAGUAACAUCCAGGUAAUGGUGAUGAAACAUUGUAACUGUGGAGUUUCCUCUGCUCUACUACAGGAGGGUGGGUUAGAUUCUGGUUGUCCAUUUCACCUCAGUUUUCAUGUUUUGUGUUACCAAUCUCACACUGUAUGCCUCCAUCUGCUGGUUCCAUACUGUAACAACAGCCUGUCUACUUAUAAUUCAUCCUCAUUCGCUUUUUAUUUUAUUUUGUAGUUGUUGUUAUUUUUUCACCUAUGUCUAUCUGUUGUACUUUGUGAAAAGGAUCUGUUGGCUGGCCCAACGUUACAUUUUGAUUGAUGUUGCAUGUUUUAAUUAUUGUAUUUUUUUUGUGUGUGUGUGUUUUGCGCAUGCUGUUCCAAACUUCUUGAAAUACAAAAAGAAACUGUCA